AUGGUCGGGGAGAACCAGAUCUUGAGGAUUGUUCAUGUGGGGAAGACGGGAGUGGGGAAGAGUGCAGCAGGAAACACAAUCCUGGGGAGAGAGGCCUUUGAAUCAGAACUGUCACCAUCCUCUCUGACAUCUGAAUGCCAUAAAGCAAAGGGGAAUGUUGACGGUCGAAAGGUAGCUGUCAAUGAUACUCCAGGCCUUUUUGACACGAAUUUCACUCAAGAAGAAGUAUUGAAUAGGAUCAAGAUGUGCAUCUCUCUGUCUGCCCCUGGUCCUCAUGCCUUCCUUGUGGUUCUUCAGCUGGGCAGGUUCACUCAGGAAGAGAAAGAUACUGUUCAGAUGAUCCAGACCACCUUUGGUGAAGAUGGAGCAAAAUACACAAUGGUGUUAUUUACACAUGGAGACCAGUUAAAGAAGCAAACCAUUGAAAACUUUAUUUCAGAAAGUCCUGAUCUCAUAGCCAUCAUUCGAAAGUGUGGUAACAGAUACCAUGUCUUCAACAAUGAAAUCAAAGAUCCCAAACAAAUCUCUCAGCUCCUGGACAAAAUUGACAAGAUGACUGUGGUUAAUGGUGGAGGUUACUAUACCAAUGCAAUGUUCAUGAAAGCAGAGGCAGCCAUAGAAAAGGAGAAAGAGCGACUCCUGAAGGAGAUGGAAGCACAGAAGCAGAGAGAGCUUGAUAAACUGAGAGCCAAAUAUGGAGGAAGGGCCACCAGAGAGAAGUGCAAGAGUCUUAGCACAGGAUCUGACUUUCUGGAUGAGCUUCGCUAUGCCACAUACAAGUGUCUUCCAGCUGGAAAAGCUCUCAAACCUGUGUGA